CCGAUCGAAUUUUCCGUUUCACCCCCGGAUUGCUAAAUCCGGUCCUGAUCCUCACCCUUGGAGAUGGCAUGCGUCCUGGCGCGUUCCCCUUAACAUGGCGUCAUAGAACAAUGACGAAAUCCGCCGUCGUCGUCGCCGACACAGGGAAGCUCUAAAAGCUGCUCUCACUCCGCAUGAUGAGUGUCCAAAAAGCCUAACAUCUCAUCCAUCUCUAAUCAAUCAGAAGAAUGUUGGAACCCUACGCCCCUAGUUCGAUAUGGCUCGUGGUAGUAGGAUUCGUGAUAGCCUUCAUCCUGGCCUUCGGCAUCGGAGCCAACGACGUGGCCAACUCCUUCGGCACCAGCGUGGGCUCCAAAGUCCUCACCAUAGUCCAGGCAUGCUGUUUGGCCACGGUUUUCGAAGUUGCCGGCGCAAUUCUCAUAGGUUACAAGGUCUCGGACACCAUGAGGAAGGGCAUCCUAGAUAUCAAAGUCUACAAUGACGCCGAAGUCGAACUCAUGUUGGGCUCUCUCAGCGCUUUGACAUCGAGUGCCGUCUGGCUGAUGGUCGCAACGUUCUUCAAAUUGCCCAUUUCGGGGACCCACAGUAUAGUAGGCGCGACUGUGGGCUACAGUCUGGUUGCGAGAGGGACCAGAGGCGUGCACUGGGGCACACUGGCUAAAAUUGUGGGGUCGUGGUUUAUCUCUCCAGUGCUCAGUGGUGUAACUUCAGUCUGCAUUUUGUUGAUUAUAAAAUACUUCAUUUUGUCGAAACCUGACCCUCUAGAAGCGGGACUCUUCUCGUUGCCCCUUUUUUACAGUUUUACGAUCUUAGUUAACGUUUUUUCCAUCGUACACGAUGGUCCUAAAUUACUGUACAUGGAUAAUAUCCCGUUCUGGUUGGCGGCUACUAUAAGUCUUUCCAUCGCAUUUGUCACAAUGAUUUUUAUCUGGCUGGUUGUGGUUCCUCGGCAAAGACGAAAUAUCAAAGCCGAUUUAUUGGCCGAGAAGCCGGCUGUCAAUUUCAACAUUGGCGAAUCUACAGAUACGUCCCCUGAGGGCAGUCCGAAGAGAUCGAAUCGCAACUCAACGGCUUUAUCCGAACGUCAAUUAACCGUAAUAUCUGAAAGUACCGAACUUCAAGCCAUGGAGAAUAAAAUCGCAGCCGCUAAAUACAUCUUCCCAUUGCAAACCAAUGACAACAAAAAUGGUUACAUGCCGGCUAAAGAGACUGAAAUUCACACGAGACCUAAAACUUUAAAACUGGUCGAAAGUACAAAUGAAGUGAAUCCAACUCUAUCUCCAAGUUCGAGUGGAGUUCCCUUAAUUAUUAAUAAAAAUACUAGAACACAAAGUGACCAAGGCAUGUGCGCUUUAGAUAUCAAAGAUAACGAAAGCACCCUCGUUGAAAACAAAAGUGUAUCGAAGUUGUUCAGCUUUUUACAAGUGUUGACAGCCAUGUUUGGCAGCUUUGCUCAUGGGGGAAACGAUGUUAGCAACGCAAUAGGACCUUUAGUAACUUUAUGGCUCAUCUACACCGAGGGAACAGUUCACCAAAAAGCGGAAACUCCGCUCUAUAUCUUGUUAUAUGGAGGGUUUGGCAUCUCGGUCGGUUUGUGGCUUUGGGGGAGGAGAGUUAUACAAACGAUUGGAGAAGAUUUGACCACGAUAACCCCCUCAACUGGUUUUACGAUUGAAAUUGGUGCAGCUUUCACAGUAUUACUAGCCAGCAAAAUCGGUAUACCCAUCUCGACCACUCACUGCAAAGUCGGUUCAGUUGUUUUCGUCGGUUAUUUCAGUUCAUCGAAAAAAGGAGUAGAUUGGAGCCUAUUUAGGAAUAUUAUUUCAGCUUGGUUGAUAACAGUGCCCAUAGCAGCUUUACUCUCUGCUGCAACCAUGUUUCUCCUCCGUUACCUUGUUUUGGAUUAAGACACUAGUAACUAGAUCAACAGAUAAAUAAGUACGUCUAUUCAAAAUUUUGAAUGUUUGGGGUUGUCGCAGCCAAUAAAUCUAGUAUCCCCAAAAUUUUACUAGAAAUUUUGCUUCACUUUCCUGGAUUUCAAAUUGGGUAAAAGUCAUCCUUUUAGAGCACUACAUUAAUGGCCUAAGACCCGACUUCGUGCACUGUAACCUCCGAGUUUUCUCUGCAUGAUCGCAUUUUUAAAAUCAAUGUUGGUUAACAAGUUGUUAGACUAGACAAUUUGGACGUAGACGUCUUUUUGAACCACCUCGUAACAAAUCUAUUUUUUCUAAUCCUGUGAAACCACAUUAGAGGUUUUGCCUAACCCAGGUUUUUAAAUGUAUAGGUUGUAUUUUUGUAUAAUUUGGCGAACUAGAUUCUAGUGGCAUGUCUGUGAUUGAAAAAUAAUUUUGCCAGUGUCUUGUUCUCGUUCGAAACAAUUGUUACAAAAUAAAAUAUUGUUAGUAAAACAAAUUUUGUGUUAAUGAUUUGUUUUGCUGGGCAAUAUUUUCAUCACGUAUUUCUACAAUACGUUAAAUUAUUUUUUUUCAGAUAUAUUUUGUAUUCUAUUGUUAACAACUUGACGAAAUGUACGGCACAUGUCAAAUUAAGGAUAGCGAUUAAAUUAGAAACCAAAUAAUAAAGUUUUAUAAAAAAUAUUCUAUUUAA